AUGAACAAACAGGGAGGCUGCAGGGGUACAGCCAAAAACUCCAAAUGGAGGGAAAUCCAGUCCAAAAAAGGUAGCCAGGCAACAGACAAUGUGGUGAGUGCAGCUACUCUACCAGUAGCAGCGGCUAUCACAAACCUCUUGUCUUCGGUUUCUAAGGAGAAGAGAAGUAAUAAUGAUGGUCAAAAGUCUGUUCUUGUCAAGCAGAUGAAUAUUCUGGAGGAGCCUGUGAUCAUGGUUCCCUCGGAAACACCUGUAGCGGAGGAUGUCUGGCAAUCUCCAAUUAAAACGUCAAAACAGGCUCGUGUGGAACAAGAUGAUUUAGUUGUUCUCGCCACUGCAUCGAGAUUUUCGGGUUUGGAGGAGGUCUCGGAGGAAGGCGAAAUUGAGGAAUCUGGAGAAAUAUGUGAAACAGAGGAAACAGAGACGGCAGAGAUGACGGAGCUUGAAGCUCUAAACUCUCUGAACAAUGGUAACCAUGAGAAAGAAGUGGCGAAUGCAGCGCAGAUAGAGCACACAAAGGUCAGGAAUUCGGAGCUUCAACUAGAAGGAAACCGAGCUCCUCUCACGCGUGCGGCUAAAUCAGCUCACAGGUUUGUUCAUCCGAACGGGCGUUCUUCACCUAAUGCAGUGGUAAAGGAUUGGGUUCAUGGCAAUUCUCUUAAGUUUGGUUGCAUUCUGGAAACAAGGGUGGCUGAAACCAAGUGUUUGGGGAUUGCUGGUGCUGUGUUUCCGGGCUGGUCUAUAGUUUCAAACUAUGAAUACAAUAGACUAGGCCGGAUAUGGGUUGUGUGGAGUGAUGAGGUGAAGUUGAAUGUGAUACGGAAAAGUGAACAGAUGAUCACUUGCUCGGUAUCAUUAGCUGAUCAAGACGAUGAUUUUGUGUGUUCGUUUAUCUAUGCUGCAAACCUUGCUUCAGACAGAAGAGUUUUGUGGGAAGAGAUGAAGCAGAUACAUGAUACGGGAUCUUUAGAUUUCCAGGAGGCUGUUCGAUACUGUGGUUUAGUUGAUAUGGGUUUCCAUGGGCCGUGGCUAACAUGGAGCAACAAGCAAAGCGAAGGGCUUGUUCACCAAAAGCUAGAUAGGGUUAUGGAGUUUGCUCCGAUGGUAAAAGAGCAGUGGGAGACGUCGGAGGAGCUUUUUCACUCAACUUCUGUGAUGUACAGAUUGACGAAGAAACUUAAGAACCUGAAACCUACGUUGCGAUCUUUAGCAAAACAAAGGAUUGGGAAUUUAACAAAGCGUGUAAGGGAAUCAUUUGACCAGCUUUGCAACCAGCAAGAGUUAAAUGCUUUAACUCCCUCUGAGAGUGGAGCACAAGCAGAAUCUCUAGCUUUUGCUCGGUGGGAACAUCUUUCGGAGCUAGAAGAGGUCUUUCUGAAACAGAAAUCGAAACUUCACUGGCUCAAUGUAGGGGAUAAAUACAUAAAGGGUGAGGCGGAGAGGCAUUUUCGUGAAUUUCUAACCGAAAUGCCUGCAGAGUAUCAGGGUAUCUCUACUGAGGAACUGGAAGGAUUGCUGGAGCGCAAGUGUUCUCAGGCUGAAAGCGCGAGUAUGAUUGAGGAAAUCACUGACGAGGAGGUGAUGAAAGUGGUCUUCUCAAUGCCAAAUGACAAAUCUCUAGGACCAGAUGGCUAUACAUCGGAGUUUUUCAAAGGAGCUUGGGCGAUAGUUGGUCGUGAUGUCAUUGUUGCGGUCCAAUCUUUCUUUAGAUUCAGUUUUUUACCAAAGGGAGUGAAUUCAACCAUUCUUGCUUUAAUCCCAAAUAAGAAUGAUGCAAAGACGAUGAAGGACUAUCGCCCAAUAUCUUGUUGUAACGUGUUGUACAAGAUAAUCUCCAAGAUCCUUGCAAACCGAUUAAAACGAGUUCUUCCGAGUCUCAUUGCCCCUAACCAAUCUGCAUUUGUGCAGGAUCGCCUACUUGUCGAAAACGUGCUACUGGCAUCAGAACUUGUCCAUGAUUAUCACAAGGAUCAGGGGCCCUCUAGAUGCUCUAUGAUGAUUGAUAUAGCCAAAGCUUUUGAUACGGUUCAGUGGAGUUUUCUCCUUAAUGUUCUCUCUGCAGUUGGCAUUCCUGAAACUUUCAUUGAUUGGAUCAGAAUCUGUGUAUCUACAGCUUCUUUUCGGUACAAGUGA